CCGUGUUCUUGGAAAGUUCCUGGAAAUGCUGCUCGGUCUGGGCUCAGUUCUCAGGCUGCUGCUGGACUCCGGUGAUCCGGGCUCGGUGUGUGUCUCUGGGUCCACCGGGAGGACGGGAAGCUGUCGGUGUCCGUGUCGGUUCGGUCCGCGGAGAUAGAGCCGCCGUGCGGGAGCCGGGAGGGAGGACGGAGACGAGCAGAGCCGCCCGAGAGGAGCCUUCCGCCGGGUUCGGACCCGGAACAUGUCGGUGUGUUGGAGGAGCAGAACCGGGCUCUGAGCUAGCUCUCUGCUAGCAGCUAGCAGCGACCGCAGCCUCUCAGUUUGUUGAACAGACGUGGCUCUGGCUCCAGGGCUGAUUCCUGGUGCAGACGUGCAGACCUCCUCCAUGUCUGAGCUCCGGGCCUAAAGCUCGGCUGAAGGCUGGACCUGUCCAAUGACCUGCCAGUCCUCCGAGUCCGCGGACACCAUCGAGGGCGACAGACGAGCCGACAGCAACGCCGGGGCAGUGGAAUCGGACGAGCGCCGCAUCGCCUUAGCCAUGAAGGACCUCAGGAACACAGGUUGGUACUGGGGCAGCCUGACCGCUAACGAAGCCAAAGAGAUCCUGCAGGACGCGUCUGAGGGAACCUUCCUGGUGCGGGACAGCUCCCAGAGAGACUACCUGUUCACCAUCUCCGCCAUGACGUCGGCGGGUCCCACCAACCUGCGCAUCGAGUACAAACACGGCAAGUUCAAGCUGGACUCUGUGGUCCUGGUGAAGCCCCGGCUGAAGCAGUUUGACAGCGUGGUCCACCUGGUGGAGCACUACGUCCAGCUGUCCCGGACCAGCGACCGGGCGGCGCCGGACUCUCAGCCCGCCGCCGCGCCGCCCAACGGGACAGUGCAGCUGCUGCUGACCCGCCCCGUGUACACGGCCACGCCCACGCUGCAGCAUCUCUGUCGCAUCGCCAUCAACAGGACGACGCGGCGCGUCCAGGACCUGCCGCUGCCCCCCCGGCUGAAGGACUACCUGACCGACUACGCCUACAACGUGUAGAGGCCGAGCAGCCUGCCCUGUGUCGCCGGCGCCAGGACCCGGCGCCAGGACCGGUCCGGUGGAUCAGCUGAUCCCUGUGGACGUGUUCUGAGCUGGGUCACGAGAACUCGUCUUCAUUGAUUUAUUUAGGAUGAGAAGAAGAAUCACAAACAUCGGUGCAGACGUCACCGUCCUUCCUGGAACGUUGGACAAUGAUUGACCUGAAGAAUACUAUGCAGAAACCAAACCUGUCGUCCCCACCUGUAAACAUGGGAACGAAGCCGCCUGAUUGGCCGGUGGACGGCUGUGUUUUUGAGGCGGCAAUCGAUCGUCUGAAAACAAACACGGCGUCCCGUGCGCUGUUGAUGGUUUCCUGUGGACAGACGUCAGGUUUGACCUCCGAGGCUCCGCUAGACUUUGGCCCUGCAGCCCGUAGUACUCUGCAGCCCUCAGCCAAUCACAGCGCAGGAAAACAAAGGUGUAGUAUCACUCUCACAGACCUGUUCACAACGCAGACCACUGGAGAGACUCUGAACCAGCUCCUGUCUGCAGGAGCACGUCCAACCAAACUCUAUUUAAAAACACGGACGUUUUAAGAGUUCCUCGUUCACACUUAAUUAUUAACAUGUGGUAGAACAUUAAGUUUGAGUCUGUGAAGCUCGGAGCGUCUGGUAAAUUCAGCACAUGUAUCACCACUCGGUAGCAUUUAUAAUAUCAACUUUAAAUCAGAUUGUUGAACCAGACUCUAUUUAAAAAUCGUUCGUUUUUAAGAUUCCCUGUUGUGAGUUAAGAAUUCUCUGCUGGUGAAACAAAAACAACGAGUCUCUUUAAAGCUCGGUGUCGAUGAGGAAAUUCGUCUCAUUAUUUGAUUUAAUCAGUGACCAUCUGUUGUUGAUGAUGUCCCUGUUUGAAACCAGGGUCACAGAAGUAACCACCUGUUCCAUCCAAACAAACACAGGCCAUGUGAAGCUAGCAUGUUGUUGAGGGUGCAGCUAACCUCUCGUGACUUCUUGUUGACUCUGACUAAUCAUCCAACCAGAGCUCGGUCGGCCAUGUUGGCGCCCUGUGGUGAUGGACGCUGAGCCUCGCUGCUCCUUUCUCUGAAUAAAUCUUUUUACUGAUGGAGUCUUUGUACAUAUCACGGCCGCUGUCGGCCGCUUUGAUUUGUUCUUUUUUUAAAGGUAUUUAUUGAUCGUGUCACACUGUGUUUUCUGGUACAUUUUUGUAAAGAAGAUUUGAAAGCAUGUGUUUGGCCUGUAAACUGUAACGUUGAUCAUGUCCGACUGUGAGAUCAAUAAAAUUUUUAUAUGGUGCUUCAUCA